AACGUUCUGUCGCGCUCCUCCACCACACCAUGGAACGUCUCGAGCGCUGCCCAACCUGCCUCACCCACAGGUAUGCACCUCGCGCUCAACUCUGAAGACGUUUGUCAACAAACGCAGCUAUUUGGUGCCUUUGUCUCUUUUUUCCAGGCGAAGGGAGAUAUUUUCAAACAAAAUAUCGGCCAAGAGUAGUGGCUGAACAUCGUUGAGAAGUUCACAUUGAAGAGGAACUGAUCUAAAGCUUGACCAUGGCCACAAUUGGGGACUUCGACCCGCUCAACUCCACCGUACCUGCGACGAAAAUUGAACUUACCGUCUCGUGCAGGAACCUGCUGGACAUGGACACCUUCUCCAAAUCAGACCCUGUUGUGGUUUUGUACGUUCAAGGCAUCGGGACAAAGGAGUGGAGAGAGUUUGGCCGAACAGAAGUGAUCGAUAACACCUUGAACCCGGACUUUGUUCGGAAGUUUGUCCUGGAUUUCUUCUUCGAGGAGAAGCAGAAUCUUCGCUUUGAUGUGUACAAUGUGGACACCAGAAGUUCAAACAUUUCAAAACAUAAGGACUUCCUGGGCCAGAUGUUCUGCACUCUGGGGGAGAUCAUUGGGUCCACAGGCAGUCGGCUGGAGAGAACCCUGUCUGGGAUCCCAGGGAAGAAGUGUGGGAACAUCAUAUUCACCGCUGAGGAACUGAGUAACUGCAGGGACAUUGCCACUAUGCAGUUGUGUGCCAACAAGCUGGACAAAAAAGACUUCUUCGGCAAGUCAGAUCCCUUCCUGGUCUUCUACCGCAGCAAUGAAGACGGAACGUUCACCAUCUGCCAUAAGACAGAGGUAAUAAAGAAUACUCUGAACCCUGUUUGGCAGCCCUUCACCAUCCCUGUACGAGCACUCUGUAACGGAGACUAUGAUAGGACGGUCAAGGUGGAUGUGUAUGAUUGGGACCGAAAUGGAAGUCAUGACUUCAUUGGCGAGUUCACCACCAGCUACAGAGAAUUCUCCAGAGGCCAGAGCCAGUUCAACGUCUAUGAGGUUCUAAACCAUAAAAAGAAAGGCAAGAAGAAGAAAUACGUCAAUUCAGGGACAGUGACUCUGCUGUCCUUCAAAGUGGAGUCAGAAUACACGUUUGUGGACUUCAUCCGGGGAGGGACGCAACUCAACUUCACAGUGGCCAUCGAUUUCACAGCGUCUAAUGGUAACCCAUCCCAGCCCACCUCUCUGCACUACAUGAGUCCCUACCAGAUGAAUGCCUACGCUAUGGCCCUGAAGGCUGUGGGGGAGAUCAUCCAGGACUACGACAGUGACAAGAUGUUCCCCGCCUACGGCUUCGGAGCCAAGCUGCCACCGGACGGCAAGAUCUCCCAUGCCUUCCCCCUGAACUCCAGCAGUGAGAACCCUAACUGUGUGGGGAUCGAGGGAGUGUUGGAGGCGUACUUCCAGAGUCUCCGCACCGUUCAGCUCUACGGACCCACCAACUUCGCUCCUGUCAUCAACCAGGUGGCACGGUGUGCUGAGGAUGUGACUGACGGAUCCCAGUAUUUUGUGCUGUUGAUGAUCACAGACGGAGUCAUCUCAGACAUGGUGCAGACCAAGGAGGCUGUGGUCAAUGCUGCCGCUCUGCCCAUGUCUAUCAUCAUAGUGGGAGUAGGCCCUGCUGAGUUUGACGCGAUGGAGGAACUGGACGGUGAUGAGGUCAGAGUGUCCUCUAAGGGGCGCAUUGCUGAGCGAGAUAUAGUCCAGUUUGUGCCGUUCCGGGACUAUAUUGACCGCCAGGGCAACCAGGUGCUGAGCAUGGCACGGCUGGCCAAGGACGUGUUGGCAGAGAUCCCUGAGCAGCUGCUGGGUUUCAUGAAAACGAGAGACAUCGAGCCCCAGCCUGCCCUGCCCACCUCCUCCACCACCACUACCGCCCCUCUAGGACUCAACAACCUGUGCAUCUGAAAGUGGGGUUUGGGUGGGGUGGGGUCAGAGGU